CACUGACGUUUUUCAAAAAAGUUUCUUGAUUUCUGUACUGAAGCUCGACCUUGUUCAUCAGGGUCACAGCGCUGAAGACAAAGCUUAUCUGGCAAUGGAUUAUUAUACACAAGAAGUUCCAAGUUCUUCGUCAAAACCAGAAUUCCUUCGUUUCUGUGAAGUGAAGAUACAACAUUUGUACGAUGUAUUGACCCCAUAUGCAGUCGGAAGAUGGUGCUUUACUGUUUUUCUCAUCUUCUUCUAUAUAUUACGUGUUAUCAUCACACAGGGUUAUCACGUAGUUACUUAUGUGAUGGGAAUAUUUCUUCUUAACAGACUAAUUGACUUUCUUUCGCCCAAAAUUGUACCUGAAACUUCCACUGAUGAAGUGCUCCCAACCAAGUCUUCAGAAGAGUUUAGACCUUUUUUAAGAAAACUACCUGAACUAAAGUUUUGGAACUCAUGUACCAUAUGUCUAUUCAUAUCUAUAUUCUGUACAUUUUUGAGCUUUCUCGAUGUACCUGUGUUUUGGCCGAUCUUAGUUAUGUACUUUGUCUUGCUGUUUUACGUGACUAUGAAGCGUCAAAUAUCGAACUAACUCAUCAGUAGUAUAUUUGAAUGAAUUAUUUACAGAUGGUUAUGAUAUUGAGAAUUGAUUUGAUAAAUUACUGAAAUAACUAAGUUGACCAUUCACAUAAUUUUCUCAGAUUGUAGUGAAUGGACAUUCAGAUGAAGAAAACUAAUUUAUUAUAUAAUGCACAACAACAUAGUGAUUUAGUAAAAUGUAAAAAUCAUACAUCAAAUAAAUCAUUUGCACAUAUUCUUUGAUUUGUCUCUUACAAGCUUUAUUGUCCUUUCAUUCCUGUUUCUACCUUAAUUGCUUUCAGUUCCCUCUUCUCUUCUCUUCAUUUCAAUCUUGUCAACCUUCUAAUUGCAGAUACUCCACUGGUGUCACAUGCUACUUAUAAGUGCAAACAUAAGUAGCAUACAUCACAAUAUGGGUUUAUCUAUAAAUUAUUAACCAAAUGUUUAAUUUAUAAAAUAAACAAACCAAUUCAAAAAUCAAAACAAUCAAAAAUCGUCAAUCGUAACAAAGAUGAUCAACUACUUGUCUGAUCUGUUUAAUCAUUCCAUUUCUGUAAGUAAUCAACUGCAGAUUGGAAAAAAUUCCCUUCGUUUUAAUAUUAAAUUUCUUCAAACUUUAAAAAUACGAUAAGUUUAUUAAAAGUUUCACAUAAGUUUUAACUUGGUAGAAGAGAGCUUCAUUGCCUCAUAAAAUUCAAUGACGAUGUAUAUGCAUUUCUAUUACGACGGACCGUUCCGUAAAGUCGUACAUGUAGUACAGAAGACAGAUGCAAUCCAAGUGAGAACCAGAGUCAAACAAGACUACUUACUCUCCGUUUUUCUUUUUCUUCUGGUGAUUGACCAAAUUAUGAAGAUCUCCACAUUUGACAGGGAGCACAGGUAUAAUAGAUAGCUUGGAUACAACGAGACGAUUUGGAUAUUGCAGAUAACCUGGCCCUUCUAUCACAUACACACUAACAAAUGCAGGUCAAGACAGUCAGUGUAGCGGCAGUCGCUGCAUCAGUAUACGUCAACAUACACAAAGGGAAAAGCAACAUCCUCAAAUACAACAUGGAGAACAUCAACCAAACCAAUCACACUUGAUGGAGAAACUCUGGAAGAGAUGGAAACUUUUCGCGUACCUAAGUAGUAUCAUCAAUGAACGAGGAGAAUCUGAUGCAUGCAUAAAGGCAAGGAUUGGCAAAGUAAAGGCAGCGUUCCCACAGGUGAAGAACAUAUGGAACUCAAAAUAACUGUCAACCAACAUCAAAGUCAGAAUUUUUAAUAUGAACGUUAAAACAGUUCUACUGUACAGAACUGAAACUUGGAGAACUACUAAAACCGUCAUCAAGAAGUACAUGUAUUCAUAAACAAUCUUCUACACAAGAUGCUCAAACCAGAACUCACUAAGAAUAUUGGAUAAAUGUUUACGUUAUAUUACAAACUAACUGAAGGUGAAAAUUUAGGUUUUUACAUUUGAAAUUAGUAGUUGAAUAAUAAUAUUCAUCUCGUUACGAAACCGUUAAUUUAUUACUAUUUCUGGUCGUUUGUGUUUACCAUUAAAUAAUCCUUAGAUGGAACAAAACAGUUCUCCAGUGCCUUCCAGUUUUCAUCAAUUCUUCGAAAUAUGCAAGUUAUGUUUAGAGUAAAAAAUUGGUCGAAUAGCUUAGGAAAAAAAACAUUUUUAAAAAAUGCUUUUUGAAGCUAAAACGUCAGAAACUAUUUUUUGGCUAAUCAAGAUUUUCAAAGAACUCCUAGAAAAAUCUAUAAUCCAACUCAAUACGUUUUUCGCUAAUCUAAAUGAUUACGUACCAAUGCGUCACAAAUAACAAUCUUAUUUUCUGAAAAAUUCUAUGGCUCACAGAUCCCUUUAAGUCACAUUCUCUUUGUUCACGCUCUAUUUUUGUGUAGGGUCUUUGUAUCGAGAAAUUCAGAUGUCUAUAAAUCAGUUAUGAAAUCAGUAUCAUAGGUGUUCAGUGUAUUCAACCUACCAAAAAAUAAGUAAAUAGAGUGAUUUUCAUGGUAAAAUUAUAGUAUAGGGAUGAGCUGAUCAUAAUCGAGAAUGUGACAUUUAGAUUAUUACGAGACAUUCGAAUAUCACGACUAAAGAGCAAUAGAAAUACCUUUGUAUACUGCUCAUAACGUUGUAAAUGACAACAAAAAAUUAUUUUUUUAUUAUCAGGGGGUAAAAUUGCUGGUGUUAAACAUAUCAGAUAAUUUAGUUCUAUCUCUGUAAACUACAUACAACAGGCAAACGCAAACUAUCCCGAAAAAACUUACCCUAAAUUUUUAAUCCUGAACUAGUGGUACAAUCUUUUACAAACGAACUAAUCAGAUCGCAUCUCUUCAAUUUUUGCACAAAAUUCAUUCAUCCAUACGGCCAUAGAUCACUUACAUAUUGUAGCUGAUAUCGGUUCGUGAUGGUGAAUCUAAUUCUAAACAGAAACAAGGUAGGAAGGACUCCCAAAACUCUAUUUGGAUCUUUUUGAGGGCUAGAGAAGAUGAAUAUUUUAUAUUCAUAAGGACGAAUUGAUAUGUUGUAUUUUUUAUGAUUUACAGAUAGCGUGACAUAUAAAAGACUAUAAUAGAUUCAUUAUUUAUGUAAAAUCUGCUUACAUUUUAAAAUACUAUUAUUUUCUCCGUUAAUUAUCCAUUCAUAAAAACUGUUUUAUAGUCAAAUAAAAACUAGCUAAAAAUCAUGGUUCUUUUAAGUCUAUCCUUUAUAACACGUUUAAAACCUUACACUAUUAACUUCUAGUUUCAAUUAGCAAACUUCCUAAAUCUAAAGCUUGCGUUACUGCUGAUUGUGAUCGAUUGCUUUCUAUAUUCAGCGUAAGUAUAUUACGUGUUCUUACUGAGUUGUUAGUUUACUUUUUCUCCCAUUCAUUUCUCUUUCGGAUUCUCCCUUGCACGCUGCUCUUUAUAUUCAACCAUUAAACAAGAUACCUUUAGGCUAAACACAAACCUACCAAAUACUAAACGUUACACCCUAAAGUAUGUUUCUACCGUUUUCAUGAAGUGAAAUAAAACAAAAUAGAACUAGUUUAUUUUUAUUCAAAUAAGUUCAGAACGAAAGUUCAAAUUCAAGUAAAAACAAAAAAAAUUAACUAUACACACCAAUUUAUUAUCUAUAUAAACCACUGGAUUAAUUUUAAAGAUAAAAAAAUACCCAACAACACUAUAGGGAUACCAGUAUUCUUUUCAACAUUUCACUUGUACUCAUAGAAAAAAAAAAAAAGAAAUUUGACGGUGGAUGUGUUGAUUUUAAAUUGUAUAGUUAAAUUCAAACAAACAUGAUAGAAAGAUAACUUGUGGACUUGAACACAAAGAAAGAAUAAAACAAGAAAAAUAGAGUCAACUAUAGGAUAUAGACAAACAUGUAUGUACAAGUGUAUCAACCACGUGUACGUUAGUUACUAAUAUAUAAUUAUUAUUUAUGAUGUAUAUA